AUGUCACGUACACUCCCCGUUGAGCUCAUUCGCGACAUCAUCUUUCGCUAUAUCGAUAGUUGCACACCUGGCAGGCCGAGCAGCCUAGCUCGUGAGGACACCUUCCUCUGGUACCGCGCCAAUGCCUCGAAACCGGAGUGGCAUGCUGUCCAGCCGCUUGUGAUGGUAUCAAAGGUCCUCCGCGAGGUCACUUUGGAAGCCUGGUUUCGAACCUUCGUGAUACGUUAUCGCGCCGACUUGGAGAGCUUGUCGACGUCUGUCAUUCCCGAGACUACAUCUUGGACGAGGUAUCGUCCGCGCACCAUUGAGUUGGCGGUGCCCCUCCGCCAUCCUUCUCAACGGGGUUUCGCGUUGUUCACCCGUCUCCGCAAAUUGCGCAUCGAUGCAUACCCCAACGACACUACGUAUGUCUUACUUGAACUUCUCGGGGAGAUGCCACCUACGAUACUUGAGCUCGAGAUGCGCUACCACGCCUGGCCAAAUCCGCAGCAGCUCGUUCCGGUGGCGCGUACUUUCCCUAAUCUCCAAACCUUUGAGAUGCAUCAAGAAAGGUCAUGGUGUAGCCUCUGCAAUACAUGUAAUGUGCUGCGUCUCAGGGAGUCACCGCCUCUGUCCAUAACCUAUACCAACGGCGAGGGUCUUCCGAGACUAUACAGACGUCUUUUGGCACCCCUUCCCCAUCUACACACAGUGCGUCUGAGCGUGGCGUACGCUCUGACCGGGGACAUCAGCCUACAGAGCUUGAAGACGCGAUGGCGGGGAGAAUGUGGAGAUUGUUCCGCGCUCUUUCUUGCCGAUGAAGAAUACGUGCCGGAGUGGGAGGCCAAGAACAAAGCUGAGCCAAAUCCACCCUCUUUGCGUGAAGUGGUCUGGACGUUCGCGUACACUCCCUCGGAGAUGGAUUUUGACAUUGAGAGUGGAAGCAACAGUGAAGCAGAUGAGGAAAGUGACUACGGCUACACGGACGAGGACAGCGAUUAG